AUGAUGAACAAGGUUAUGACAAACAUACAAAGAUAUGUGAGGAUUAGAAAACUUCACACCAUCAUAUCUCGAGAAACCAUCAAACCAUCUUUUCCAACACCUCUUCACCUCAAAACUCAUAAUCUUUCAUUAAUUGACUACCUUUCACCCCACCUUCAUGUCCCAUGGCUUUUCUUCUUUGAAAACUACAACAAUGAGGACAUCAACAAGCUAAAGAAGUCGUUAUCGAAGUCUUUAACACAUUAUUAUCCAUUCGCGGGUAGGCUCCUUGGGCCUCAAACAAUUGAGUGUAACGACGAAGGUGUCGAGUUUGUGGAGGCUUCUAUUCAUAGCUCACUCGAUGAAUUCAUUCGCAAGAGAUACCAAGACGAAACGUUAGACCAACUUGUUCCUAAUGCUCUUGGGUGUAUUGUUAACAAAACUAGCCCAAAUACAGCCGCGGUCCAGCUCAGCUAUUUUUUGUGUGGUGGAGCCGCAGUGGGUGUGUCCAUAUCACACAUGGCAGGUGAUGCAUUCACGAUGUUGAGCUUUGUUAACCACUGGGCCACUAUUACACGUGGCGGAUCCCCAUUAAGCCCGACUUUCUUUACUUCCUCCACAAGUAACUAUAAAAUUCCAGAGUUUCCAAUAGAGUUUUCAAUAGCAGCACAAGAGGAAGCACCCAAACUGAAGUAUGCAACAAGGAGAUUUAUUUUCCCUAAUUCAAAACUAAGCGCGCUCAAGAACAAGAUUAACGCGAUGGGUACACGCCUAGUGAACCCUACUCGUGUUGAGUCAUUAACAUCUCUGCUAUUCAAAUGUGCAGCCGCAACAAAACCAAUGUCCUCACAACCAAUAAGCUUGAAUCGAAUGGUGAACGUUAGAGGAAAAACCAAUGCAAACAUCCCUGAAUUAGCUCUAGGAAACUUGUACGCGAUGGUGACAACGAAGAUCAUGGAUUCUAGUCGAAUAGAGUUGAAUGAGGUUGUUACAAGUAUGAGGAAAGGGAUAAUGGAGGUUCAAGGAGUAAGAGAAGUGGAGGAUAUAGGCAAAAUGAUGGUAAACGCUUGGCUAACGUUAAUGCGUGAUCAUGUUAGAACGUAUGGAGUAUCGAGUGUGUGUAGGUUUCCAUUGUACCAAGUGGAUUUUGGUUGGGGAAAACCUGUACGAGUAAUGUUGCGAAGUGGAGGUAUUGAGGGAAAUGUUUUUGUUUUGAUGGAUACUCCUCCUCCGAGUGGAGAUGGUAUUGAAGCAACAGUGCAUUUGGAAGAAAAAGAGAUGAGUGUCUUUCAAGAGGACAAGGAGCUUCAAAGAUAUGCUGAAGACGACUGA